GGGCUAAGAUAAUUUUGUGGCGGAUGAAAUGCGAAAGAGUUGAAAAAGUCUUGUGCUAAGUGAUAAUUACGCAAUAAUCGCGAAGGAAGUGUGUUUAAAGUACAGAAAUAUUGACCUUAUAGUUGCAAAUAAAGUGUAGAGGGUCUUAAGUUAGUUGAAAAACUGAGAGAUAUUGCAGAAGUUGGUGGAAAAGAGGCGAAACAAUUGAGCGUGGCUUUCGGUCUAACGGGAUUAGCGCCAUUAUUGUGUGCCCCUGGAAAAUUUCUGUGGCUGCAAGAAGAGACAAAAAGGAUGCCUUGGGAUUGGAAGCCACAAGCAGAAGAACUGCAAUCAGUUCUGCAGUUGAUAAAAAUUCUGAGUGAUGACGACUUGUGUGAUACAGACGUUAGAACGAAUGCAUGGAAGAUAAUUGACGAAUUAGGGCUGUUCCCAGAUUUUUAUUACUGCCUGUUCUACGUGGUGAUAAAGCUAACAAAUGAGGAAGAAACAGUGCGAUCUCUCAGUGCAUUUGUUUUAAGCUACAAAAUCAGUGAACACGAAGGGAAUCUGGUGAUUACCGAUUCUUUGAAAGAGGACUGCUUGAUGGCCUUGAUCAAUCCAUCGCCAAAAAUUCGAGAGGAAGUUGCGAAUCUGAUCUGUGUGAUUGUCCGCAAGGAUGGUCUGGUAACGUGGCCGAAUCUCAUUCCCAUUCUGUGUGACAUGCUGCACUCGCAGGCUUGCACGCCGAAUUACAGUGGGUGCGAGAAAGCCAAUGGAGCUCUUGAAGUGUUGAAGAACAUGUUCGGGUAUGACGCAGUAGGAUACGAAGGAUAUGAUGAAACACCAAUAAUUAAUCCACUGCUGGACAACCAUUUGAAUGUGUUAAUCACGAAGUUUGAACCUUUGUCCAACCAUCAAUGUGCCGAGCAAAACCAGAUUCGUAGCAACCUCCUCCUCUUAAUGGCCUCAAUUGUUAUUCUCUGGAGAACGGAGCUGCACAAUGAUCACGCUGACGCAUUCAUCGAGACCUUCUUACGCCUGCUGACCGAUGAGAUGGAUGUCACCGUAAGUGCAAAUUCUUGCAAGGGACUGUGCAUGGUGUUGAAGUAUCGAAAGGAUCGUCUCAUGCUUUACCUGAAUCAAAUAAUUGAGUGCAUGUUGAAGCACAGUCAGACUUGUAACGACGAUGUAAUUGCCCCCGAGGCAAUGGAGUUCUGGAGGAUUCUGGCGACUCAGCCCGGAUGCCAGGAUCAGCUCGGACCAUAUUUGCCACGCCUUGUUCCAAUCCUCAUUCGUGGGUUGCGCUACAAAAGCAAGCACCUUGUUUUUGAAGAGGACGUCGAGGAUUUGACCGGUCAACUUAUGAGAAUGCAAACUGGCAAUAAGAAUGGGAGCAUGGAUGAAGAUAGCCAGGAUGAUGAUACGCUCCCAUCAUGGCACAAUAGCAAUCUGCGAAUGAGUAUUGUGGGAGCACUUAAUGCAUUGGCCAAUGCGUUUGGUGAGAGAAUUCUGACCAUCUUGUACCCGCUUCUCGAUGAGACCGUUUUCAAUCAAGUCUGUGAAAUCAAGGAGAGUGGAAUACUGGCGUUGGGGGCCAUCGCGGAGGGCUGCAUGCAGGAAAUUGAGCCAGAUCUUCCCGAGCUGAUUUUCUACUUGAUAUCUUGUCUGUCGGACAAGAAGGCUUUCGUGCGCUACACCACGUGCUGGGCUCUCUCAAAGUAUGCCAAUUGGGUGGUGGUGCAGCCGAAUCCCGACCAGUAUUUGAAGCCACUGAUGCAGGAGCUGCUCAAGCUGAGUGUGGAUCCCAAUGAGUAUGUGCGAAAGGAAGCUGACAGUACCGAGAAAGUGUUCAACGAAGCCUUUUAGAUUUUCCUUUAGUGUUUCUAUGUGAUUUUUGAUGACGCUAUUAAGUUGUGAUUAUAAGAGCCAAUGUCGCACCAGCAACGCAAUAUUAGCAUUUAGAUUUGAUGUCAGCGUUGAUUGAAAUCUUUAUAUGUUUUCUUUCUUACGAAAUGGAUUCUUUUUUCUACUAAAAUGACAAAUAAUAUACAAUAAAUAUUGAAUGUGAAUACAAUUUACUAAAGAAGCUAAAUGCAUUGCUGAUUUUUUAAAUCGCCUUGAUUCUAUUAUUUUUCCUGAUAUCUAGUUUAAAAGACUUUUGAAAAUGUAAUCCAAGUAGGCCAGAUUUGUAUGUCGAUGAUGUGAAUUUUUUGGAAUCAAGUUAAUAGGAUUUCUAUAUUAUAUUUUUAAAUCAAGGAUAGAUAAAAUGAGCAGUAUAAGUUUUGUAUCCUCUUUAUGCUUGAGCACAAUCUUACCACCGUGCAGAUCUUUUUGUACUUUGAAAUAAAUAUUUCUA